CUCUUCUCCCUCUUGUUUUCUCAACCUUCGAACAAAUCGAAACAAUUUUUCAGCAGAGACUUUCGCGGGGUCUCAUUUUUGUCUCGUUUCCGUUCCAAAGUAUCCUGAAAUCCGAAUCACAUGGUGGUAAUUAACGACGAAAGAACAACAAAAAGAUUGAAACUUUUUUCCCUUUUGGGUAGGCUAAAUUUCAAACCUUCCAUACCCACUCCCCCUCCUUCCCCGCGUCCUCCUCUUUUUCUCUCCUUCCCUGCUUUCUCUCUGCAACUCUCUCUCGCUCUCUCUCAAUUGAAGCAUGGUCUGGAUCUGACACUCCCUCCGCCCAGCACCGCCUUCUACAGUUGUAAGAAUGCCUUCUCCCUGCUCAGUGAUUCGUUCAAUUUCCCUAACUAGUACAGGCAUUGUUGAUUGUUUGCGUUUCUGGAACCAAGCGAUUGUAAUUCCUGUCCUCGAAUGUUGUCUGAUGCGUAUGAUGUCAAAGUUGUAUUCUUUUAUCCACAAUUGGAACAUUAUCAUCGAAAAGUUUUGGUGGUCUCAUCCACUGACGGUGACCAUUUCUGUUUAUCAAUCAAGAUAAAGCUCUGUAAUUGAUUUCAGGAGCGCUAUCAUGGCGACAAAAGGGAACACAGGGGACCCGAGAACAAGGAGCUCCAUCUCAAUCUUCAUCGUGGUCGGUUUAUGUUUCUUCUUCUACAUCUUGGGCGCAUGGCAACGAAGCGGGUUCGGUAAAGGCGACACCAUUGCUCAAGUGGUCACCAAACAAAUGGACUGCAGCAUCCUCCCCGAUCUCAAUUAUGAAACCAGCGGCGAUGCAGGCACCACCGAUGUGUCUCCACUCGAUGUCAAUGAGAUUCCACCCUGUGACGACGCGUACAUUGAUUACACACCGUGUCAGGAUCAAAUGAGGGCCAUGACAUUCCCACGGGAGAACAUGAACUACAGGGAACGACAUUGCCCGCCUGAAUCCGAGAAGCUCCACUGCCUCAUCCCUGCGCCAAAGGGUUACGCCACCCCUUUCCCAUGGCCCAAGAGUCGUGACUAUGUGCCCUAUGCUAAUGCACCUUAUAAGAGCCUGACAGUUGAGAAAGCUGUCCAGAACUGGAUUAUAUAUGAGGGGAAUGUGUUUAGAUUUCCAGGUGGUGGAACACAGUUCCCUCACGGAGCGGAUACUUAUAUCGAUCAGCUUGCUGCGGCUAUCCCCAUUGAUAAUGGGAUGGUUAGAACUGCCUUGGAUACUGGUUGUGGGGUUGCUAGUUUGGGUGCAUACCUUUUCAAAAAGAAUGUUCUCACCAUGUCAUUUGCACCGAGGGACUCGCAUGAAGCACAAGUUCAGUUUGCACUGGAAAGAGGUGUUCCGGCUGUCAUUGGUGUUCUUGGAACCAUCAAGCUGCCAUAUCCUUCUGGAGCAUUUGAUAUGGCCCACUGUUCUCGUUGCUUGAUUCCAUGGGGCGCUAAUGAUGGAAUGUACAUGAUGGAAGUUGAUCGUGUUCUAAGACCAGGUGGUUACUGGCUGCUUUCGGGUCCUCCCAUCAACUGGAGGACGCAUUAUCAAGCAUGGAAUAGAACCAAAGAGGAUCUUGAAGCAGAACAAAACAAGAUUGAAGAAAUUGCCCGACUUCUUUGCUGGGAAAAGAAAGAUGAGUUGGGUGAUAUUGGUAUCUGGCAGAAAAGACUAGACCCUGGUUCUUGCACUGAACAGCGCACCAUGUGUGAAUCGUCAGAUCCUGAUGAUGUCUGGUACAAGAAAAUGGAGCCAUGUGUAACGGGGUCUCCAAAGAUUGAUGGCUCUGAGUGGAAGCCAUUUCCUGAGAGACUUAAAGCUGUACCUUUCAGAGUGUCUAGUGGGGCUAUUCCUGGAGUCUCUCCGAAGGAAUACCUGGAAGACAGUCGAACAUGGAAGAAGCAUGUAAAUGCGUAUAGGAGGAUAAAUAAGAUCCUAGACUCGGGGAGAUAUCGCAACAUUAUGGACAUGAAUGCUGGCAUGGGAGGUUUUGCUGCAGCCCUUGAGUCUUCUAAACUGUGGGUUAUGAAUGUUGUGCCUACCAUUGCAGAGAAGAACACCUUGGGUGUUGUGUUCGAGCGUGGUUUGAUCGGUAUUUAUCAUGAUUGGUGUGAAGCUUUCUCUACAUAUCCAAGGACGUAUGACCUCAUUCAUGCAAAUGGCCUCUUCAGCUUGUACAAGGACAAGUGCAGCAUGGAAGACAUUCUACUCGAGAUGGAUAGAAUAUUAAGGCCAGAAGGAACAGUGAUAUUCCGCGAUCAUGUGGAUGUUCUUGUCAAAGUGAAGAGAACUGUAUCAGGUAUGAGAUGGAAUACGAAAAUGGUGGACCAUGAAGAUGGCCCACUUGUUCCAGAGAAGGUGAUGUUUGCCGUCAAACAAUACUGGGUUGCUGGACAACAGAAUGUCACUAAAACUAAUUAGAAGUGACAGAGGCAGCAUUUAAUCCCUUCCUUUUUUCCAUCUCAUAAUAAAAUGCUACUCUCUUGGGUUCAAGGCAAUCAGACACAUUCAUCUUAUCAACCAUGCCUGCCUGUUUAAGAACAAGCCAAGAUUUCACAACACAGUGCCAUUUCAUUGCAUUUUGCAGUAGAUAGAAAGAACAUAGGUAAAUUGGUCUUUAUCUUUUCCCCAAGUUUGCUCUUUCAUAUGGUACCCAUUUUGCCAGCAUUCUAUUAGAAUCACCUCAGAUGUAGUUGGAAAUUGGUGAUAUUGCCUUCUGUAUGUCUUUGUUCUUUUAACUGUAGAAAAAUCUUUCUUCUUAUUUAUUACUACAAACAAACUCAUUGCCUCAGUUUUGCAUUGAAGACUAUCAGCAACUCUUCUUCUGCCUUGUCUGUAUCUCUCUCUCUCUCUCUUUGAAUUGGCUGUGUUGCUUACCAGUUAGUUACUAGAAUGUUCCUUAGACUGUCAAGAUAGGUUGUGAAUUCCAUUCCCCUGCUUCUCGUGACUCAGACAGCCAACCCCACCAUGUGAGAGGCCAGCUGAAAAGUGGGUUUCCCUUCCCUUUUCAAGCUGCGCAGCCUGUUGUUGGACCUUUUGGUUUGUUUGGAGAUUGGUGGAUGCCUUAUCCAUUUCCCAUCUCCAUGCAUUUUGAGGAUAUUUUCCCAAUAGAGCUGCCUCCUGUUUCACUUUAAUCUCUGGUUGCUGUGUCUUGUAUGGCAGCCUGCUAGGGCUAUGGGAUGUCUCCUUGGUUUGGACUUUGGAGGCAAAGGGGUCAAUGAAAUGUGGCCAUACUAGCAUACUUUCUGUGGCAUCUCCACAACCAAUUGGUAUCCUAGCAGAGGCCACCCACCCUUUUAAGUUGUCUUCACUUCUGGUGUCCUACCCUACAUCUUAUCCCAAAAGAGCCCCAUGUUCCACAAAGACUGCACAUUCCUCUGCCUCUAAGGGAAGAGUUGUUUGUUCAUGUCCAUGACUUUGAACAUCAACUCGAUGCUUUUUGGCGCGACCAAUUCCGAAAGAGAUUCUUUUGCAGGCAUGUAUUGUAGAAUACAGGGAUUUCACUUUG